AUGAAUGAUUCAACAAGGGUAGCUGCUAAUAAUUCAACAAGGGCAACUGCUGCUAAUAAUUCAACAAUGGCAGCUACUGCUAAUGCAACAAGGGCAACUGCUGCUAAUAAUCCAACAAGAGUAGAUGCAAUCGUUAAUUUAAAU